AUGUCCUCGCCCGAAUCAGCUGAGCCCAGUCCCAAUAGAAACCCACCACGAGCCAGCACCACAACUCCUCCGCGGCUAGACCCUGGACCCCGACUACUCCUGCUAAUUAACCGGCAGAUCUCGUACCAAGCCUGCGUCGUUGUCUUCCUAUUCCUCGGCACUGUGGCCUUCCUCACCCCGUUCAAAGAGUACUACCUGGGCAGCUACGUCACGGACCCAUUCGAUGAAGUCCGAGACGAUUUAGUUGCGCGAAAACUCAACCAAAUGGGCGUCGUCAUCAGCGGCGUCCACUACUUCGACACGUUCGAUCGCAAGGCGAUCCCGCUCAUCGACUUUGACACCAAAAAGAAGCUUUCCCACGACACGGCAGCUCAGCUAACAUUGACGGACUUCCUCGUUCGGGCUAAUGUCCGUCGAGCUGACCUGUUAACUGCGCUACCACCAGCUACGUUAGCCCACACGGUGAACCUAAUGGUGGACGUGCUUGCACCGUUAUGUGGACCGGCAACAGACUCGGCCAAUCCGUGGGAGACGCCAGCGCAACUUCUCUUUGGCAACUAUUUCCCGGUGAUUCGGCACGAAUUCUGUCGCGAUUUCCACGAUAAAUUCCCUCGAGAUCGAUUCUUCAACAAGACAUUGGCGCCAUUAGAUGCGAAUUUGGCGACAAUUGGCCACGUAUCGCUCGGUCUCAUCGCUGUUGUCAAUAUGUCCGAGGUGUACCUACGGCAGUUUAGAAACGCACAAGUGAUACGGAAGAUCAUGAAGAACGUACAGGAUGGGUUUAUGGGCUUUGAUCUCUCCGAUUACACAGACAGCGUUGCGGAUGCCAUUGUGGAUCGGUAUGGUGAAGGGAUGACGGUGGCUGAGGUGAUCGCGCUACUCCCAGCCUCUAUUGACGUGAAUCACGUCGCUUUGGUCGAUGUCCUGGGCGUCAGUGCGCUACUUGAGUAUUACUUGGGGGCCCAAGAGCUCACGAUGGGGAAAAAUGUGAAUGGAGAGGCUGCGAUCUCGGCCGAAGUGACUCACGCGACUGCAUCCUUCUUCACGUCGGAUUUCUUGACUACUACAGUCGGAAUGCACUACGUCUCGACGACUUACAUGGCGUUAUUCUGGCAAUGUUCGAUCAUGCACACAACGAUGGCCAAAGACAUUACCGUGGAUGAUGUGGACGCCUCUGUGAUGAAGGAGUGCGGGAGCAACCUGACGAGCAGCCUCCCUUCCUUUAUUGCGAAUUUGAUGUUCCUGUUCCAGUCGAAGAUAAGGGACUACACGACGCUGGACAACACGACGACGUACGCUCUAGGACGUCGACGCGAGUCUGAUACCGACUACAAAGCUCUACAAGUUCCUGAGCAUAUCGACGAGUCUACUAUAUUAUCCAUCGACGGGUCCAGUUGGUCCAAGAAGAAUACAAACACGACAUCAACUACCACUUUGGCUAAAACCCCGUACGGCUAUCUGUAUACUCCAGACUGCGUCCGACUUGUGACAGCAGCGCUUCGACAGUCCGGCCGUAAUGUACAGAAGUACCAAGCCUACCUGGGGGAUGGACUGGGUAAUUGUGCCUUUAGAGACUCCCAGGAGACGGAAUUGCAGACGCUUUGCCGCUUAUUCAUGACUUCGGAUGAAGUUUUGUUCCGAGACCUCGAAGGAAACCUCGUCCAAAUCCCCGCGUGCUCCUCGCUCGUGACUUCGUCUGCAAGUGAAGAGGAUCAGAAUCUGGAACAACAAAAUCUGCGUCAGAUCGAGUGGUUUAUGAUCGACACGACCACUUUAACGCGACGAAUCCGCAUCACGGACAACACAAGUCGACAGAUCCGGACUUUUCUACUGCUAUUGAACUUGAUCGGAGCGUCUCACUACGCUCUGCAGUACAUCUACAUCCUUAAGAGUAUCUGGACUUUCGUCAGCAACAGCGUGCUCCAGCCCGUCGCAGAGGAACGCUCUCGUCUUGCGAGCUCGGAUCAUUUCAAUAUCAAGCCGACCCCAUUGGUACGGCUUGGCAUUCUCGAGCUUUUGAUGUGCGAUCCAGCGGAUGGCGCUCUUGAACAUCCUCUCACUAUGGUGCUGAUGUAUCUCGGAGCAAUUGGGUCUCUCAGCAAUAUCUUCCGAUUGGGCUGCACAGCGGACCUCUCGACUACCGGAGCGGGCAUCGUGAUCUACUGCAAGCCUGCGAUCCCAGUGAACAGCUUCAACCUCGUACUGACGACUCUAAGCAGCAGCUACUGGGUCAUCCGCGUGACGCUGCAGACACGAUCAUUGGCAACGCGACUUGACCACGUAGUUCGGGACAACUUUAUCCGUUUCUGGUUCAUCAACGCGUGCGCUGUUCUGGUCAUCUACUUCACGUGCAAAGGCGUCGCCGAUCUGGUCUUCCAGAAUCUGGAGUUCUACUCAGAUCCCCAUAUCUUCGCAAUCAUUGCAGGUCUCGCGUUGGCGUUGGUGAUCUCGGCAGGAUUUGUCCUCGUUCAUGUUGCCUCUACCGACGUUGACCGUUUGAAGGUACUUUUCCGACAAGAUUCAUCACGAUCAUUGUGGAAAGCUGCGAAAGCGAGGGCUACGAGUUAUCGAGCGUUUGUGGGCAAGUGGAGCAGCUCCAACGAUAUUGAUUCGGUGCUGUAUCACUGCGCGUCUCCGCAAAUUGCUCGACAAUUGCAGAUUUCCAGCUUGACAGAGCAGCCGGAGCACCGAAAUUGGAAACUCGGCAGUAGAUCGGGGGAUCCCAUGAAAAUCGGCCUGCAGUCAUCGUCCAUUCCAAUCAACGACUUCGUCGCUGCGCACUGCGCUACUGGGGCACAUUUGCAUCUACGCAGCGUCAAAUGGUAUCUCUACCCGGACGGACGAGGAGGCGUCAUGGCCAUGGAGCCCAUACCAACUAAACCCAAGAUUUACGCCGUAGCGGAGAGUACACCAAGUCCUACUAAGAACGUUCCAAACUAG